CCUGUUCUUCGUGACACAGCAAGAACCGAUCCCUGCAGCAGCAGAGUACAGAAAGCCAGACUGCCUAGUAGUUGCUGGGAGUGUGUGCAAUGGCUUCCGCUGCGAGGUUCCUGGCCGUGGUCAUGGCGUGCGCGCUCCUGGGCAGCAACUCGUGCUACGCGUCACGCCACCUGGCCGACACGACCCCGGCAGCCGCGGCUCCCGCUGCCGCCGUCCCCGGCCUCCCUGCCGUGCCCACCUUGCCGACGGUGCCACAGAGGCCCGCGGCCACCGUGCCGCCGGUGACGCUGCCACCCAUGCCGGUGGUUCCAGCGGUCACCGUGCCCCAGGUGGCGCUGCCGCCCAUGCCGGUGGUUCCAACCGUCGCCGUGCCCCAGGUGGCGCUGCCGCCCAUGCCGGCGGUUCCGUCCGUGCCCAAGGUGGCGCUCCCGCCGAUCCCCGCCGUUCCGUCCGUGCCAAAGGUGGCGCUGCCGCCGAUGCCGUCGAUCCCGAACGCCAACAUCCCCAUGCCGUUCCUGGCGCCGCCCCCGUCGGCGUAGGUAGGAGCGCUCGCCGCGGCGUGCGAUGCGCCGAUGCCUUGGCCGUGUCCAUCGUCCGGCGGCCGGUUUGGUUACGUGGUGGGUACGCGAGUACUUUUGUUUCUGUUGAAGACUUGAAGUGCCGUGCCAUUGUUCGUAUGUACACAUUUUUUUGAGGGGUGUUCGUAUGUACACAUGUACCCUACCUUUGUAUUUCUGCUUUCGUUUAUGUCUUCCAUUUUUAUCUCAGUUUCGUCCUGUGGGCCUACACUUCGAUUUUGUGGCCGAAA